CGGGCCCGGAGAUGGCGGCGGUGCUGGCGGGCGGGUCCCGGCGGGCGGCGCGGGAGGCGGCGCGGUGCUCGGCGGUUCGCCCGCCCGCCCCGGGCGCCUGGGGCUGUGCGCCCGCAGGGAAACGGUAUCUACUAACAGAAGAAGAUAUAAAGUUACAAGAAUUUCAACAGAUGAAAGUGGCAAUUAGAAACGAAGUUCAUGGCAAUAAAGAUCCAUAUUUUAGAAGUAUUAAAGAAAAAUUAAAGAAAAAUGGAAUAAUUCUCAAAAAUGAAUUAAAAAAUCUGCUGCAUUUAUGUCAGACUUCAUCUGAUGUGGAACUAGCCAGAAAAGUUAUUUACAGGUAUUUUUUACAAUCCAGGUACCAUGAGCAGAAUGGAAUAACAACCUUACAUAAUUUUAAAUUUGGGCCUCUCUUUAUGAGGCUAUGUUAUGAGCUAGACCUUGAAAGACCUGCAGUAGAACUUAUCAAAGAUCAGAAUUUGCAUGGUUUUUUCUCAGAGAGUACAUCGUUCCAUAUUUUGAUGACUAUGUUGUUUAAAAAGGGCCAUUUUGAAAAUGCUUUGGAAGUUUUGGUGGAAAUGAAAAAACAAGGUAUACCUUUCAACAAAGAAACGUAUCUACUUGCAUUUGCAAUAUGCUAUAAACUGGACAACCUGGAGUCUGCCAAGAUCUCUGCAAAAUUGCUUGAAGAAGCACAGUUGAGAGGUGACACAUUAUCUCUGCGAGCAUACUGCUUUGCCAUGGCAACUGCACUCAAGCAGAACGAUAUAGCACAAGCCAAACUCUAUUGCUCCCAGAUAAUGAAAACAGAGAACAAACUAUACAAUAAUCUUAAAGUUCUUGUCCAGCUCAGAUCUGGUUUGCUAGAAGAAGUAAUAAAGACUUUAGAGGCAGCAGUGGAAGUAGAUACUCCUCCCUUUGUGAAAAAACUUGAGUUUUCUGAGGAGGUGCUGGCUACAGUCAGGGAAAAGAUGGAAGAAAACCCUAACCUUUCUGUCAAAUUAGGAAAUAUUUAUACGAAACUACAAGCUUCUGGACAGAUUACCGUGUGCACACUGGAAGACAUGCUUUUCCAGAUUCCUAGUUCAAAGAAGACUAUUACAAAGCUUUUAAGUAAGAAACAAUUGGGCUAUCGGGCUGCUAAUCCGCUUCAGUCAGCUCUGUUGUUGGAAUAGUUUAGUAUUUGGUGGUGAACUGAACAGCUGAUAGCAUCUCUUAGAAGCCAGGUUCAAAGAAAAUGUCUUCUCCCAAUUUCCGCAAUGAGCAAAUGACCUCUUCUAAUUUUCCAGUAUUAAGCUUCCCAAGGUAAGCAGAUCUUGGUGCAAUUUGCAAAGUUUCUUAGAGCAAGUAUGAUCAUAUUUUUAGACUAUAAUGACUUUAAUGACUGUAAUGGUUUUAAUGACUCCAGAUCAAAUGUACUUGAUUUUAGCAAUAAAAAGCUGUUUGUAGCUGUGAGUCAUGUACACUCAAAAAUCUGUACACACUCACCAUCCAGAAUAGAAGUAGUUGGAAACAGCUAUACCUUAGUUGGCAUUUGAGUGCUUUUGGUUUGCUUCUGCCUAUGAAGUGAUGAACCUAUUGAUAUAGAGGCAGUCCUCUAAGCACUAGACUAGUUAGAGCCCAGCUUGCUACUCAUACUCUCCAAGUUGGGCUACAUUCUCUCUCCUCUGGAUUCUGUUCUUUUUAUUUUGUCUCUGCCCCAGUUGAGCAAUGUCAGAACUCAGAGUAUUCUUUCUGUGAAUGAAUCUGUGCGUGCUGUAUCAAACUUUGUUGAAGCCGGUGAGCCACUGUGAAGGAGCAAGAAUGCAUCCAUGCAGAAACACAGCUUCAAAGCAGAUGGGGCUACAGCACAUCAGACGUUUCUGUCUGAGGUUCUAACUCUCUAAUUUUUUGCUGUCACAAUAUGUCCUGUUAAUGCUGAAAUGCACAAAAACUGUUACACAGUAGAUGGAAUUUCAUGCAAGUGUAAGUGCAGAAUUAUUUGAGGUGGUGUAUCAGGGAUUGUUGAUAUUUUUUGGUCUGUGUUUGGCCCAGCCACCUGCAGAAGUUUUGUUCUUUGCCUGCCAAGUUCACUGACAAACUGGAGCUUUGUCCUUGGAGAGACAGUUUCUUGUACAAACUGUUUUAGUUGCUGUUCUGUGAUUGGCUGGUUGUCUGUAGAGGACGUCUGAAGGAGAAACUGAAGAGGAGAGGAUGAAGUAAAGCCCUCAGACCCAAACAGAUAAGACCCCUUGAGUGAAACAGCACAAGUGUGAGGGGAAUCCCAAAGUUCUCACUCAGCACUGAAGGGGUGCACUCACAUAACGGGGGAGGGACCGAAGGCCUCUGGCUGGGCGGUGCUGCCACACCGGCCCAGGGAGACAUCUCCGGCUAAUUGGAUAAAAAAUGCAGGUGGCUCGUGCUCGGGGCUCUCAAGCUUCACAUGAAGGACAACAUUGCCUUUUGCGGGUACGCCUGUGAUCUUUGUGAGCCUGCUGACCCUCCGAGGAUGCAGCCUCUGCUAUGGGGAAUUCUGGUUAUCCUGGGGUCGGUCGGUAAGACAACCUCACAAAACAGACCUGCAUGAGUGGGGGUUUCACUGAGGGCUUUGUUCACUCCUCUCCUUUCCUGUCUCUCAGGCUCCCAUUUACUUGGACACUUUUGUAAUCAAUAUUGGGUUUAUUGUUGAGCUUUCAGCAGUGUCUUGGUUUUCAAUCUCGGCAUCCUUUCGAACUCACCUGUUACAGGUGUGUAUCACAUUUUUGCAAAUCACAUGCACACUUUUUAUGAGUGGUGGCAUGAACUAAAGUACUACAUACGUUAAUCUAAGAACACAGCUAUUACUUUUUCUGUAGUAUUGUGUAGCAUGGUAUUCCACAUACAGUUCAGGAGUAGAGGUUUUUAAUGCUUUUCCCUCAAUUGGAAAUUCUUUCAAUGUUUCCAAUACUAUAUGAACCCUUGAGAAGCUCCCAAUCUUUUCUCCACAAAUAAAUUUGAUAUGGGAUUUGUAAAGGCUGCUUGCAUUGUGGCAAGGAUUAGUGGCAAAAAAUGUAGAGGGAUUAAGUACUUCUCAGUUUACUCUGUUGGUAUUAUCAGGACAACUGUCUGAUAUUGUCCAGUACUAUCGGGACAACUGUUUGCUGCUAAAGUUUAUAAAUGACACACACAUUUAACCUUGCACAGCAAAUAUGUAAGGUCAGUUCUGUAUUAAUUACAAGAAGUUGAUGCAUCCUGGGACUGUGCAUGUUUGCUUGUUCAUUCAAAUUUGAAUUGGUUAGCUUUCUACCUGAGGCUGUAUCCUACCUGCAAUUGAAGUAAUGAUAACUUCUAUUAAAACUGUCAAUAUACCUGA